UUUCAGAUUUAUAGUAUUGCGUCACACUGGGAACUUCGAAAGAAGUAAUAUUUAUUGCGGUCGUGAUUUGGCCAAAGUAUUAAACUUUGAACGAUGUGGAGCAUGUGAUGAAAUAAUUUGGAGCAAAGAAUAUACGUCAGCUGAAGGACGUUGUUAUCAUGUAAAACACUUCUGUUGCUAUAAUUGUGACACACCACUAGCUGGGAAAAAAUAUACACCAGACGAUCAAACAAAUAUGCCUUUGUGUUUGGAUUGCUUUGAUAAAUAUUUUGCUGAAAAAUGCCAAAGCUGUAAACGCAUAAUAUGUUCAGAUGAAGAAGCCGUCCGUUGGCAAAACUAUCACUUUCAUAAAAAUUGUUUCAAUUGUGCUGGUGUGAAUUGUUCGAAGUCCCUUAUUGGUCAGCAUUUUCUCUUCAACAUAUUAACAUAUUAAUAAGAAUGGUUAAGAAUAAUAAUGAAACUUAAUUUUGUUGCAAACUAGAGUGUCCCGCAGAAUUAUUCCAAAUGAAAGUGUCCCGAAUAUUUGUUUCGAAUUAAAAUGUCCCUACAAAAAAGAUUCAUGUAAAUUUUCCUAAGUUCCAUUUUCUUUUGCAAUAAAUUUGAGGGACAUUUCGAUUGUAAACUUUUUUUUGAGUCCAUUCAUAAGAAACUUUUUCGGGGGACACUUUGAGAAAAAGUUUUUUUGAAACAUUUCAAUCAUAAUUUUAUCCACUAUACGUAUGAGAAUUUAGAAAAAAUAUGUUCAAUAAGUAUCACAUAGCAAGUUUAUAUGAAACUCUUGGAG